ACAGCCCACUCCUCUCUCUCUCUCUCCCAAGUAGUCCUCAGAGCCGUUUCUAGAUAGUUUCGUGUAAAUUGAAUAGCUGGAUAUUUAACAAAAAAUCAUCUCGUAUUGGACCCUUUCUCCAAAUAUUAAAUGUCGGCAUCGCAGAGACUUCUCUGCACACUCUCCCAUUCUCUUCCUUAUAAAUCCACUCCUUUUCCUUUUCUCCGCCCUUCACCCUUUUAUUAUUUUCCUUGCUCUCGCCCUCUCUCCUUUCCUACCGCAAUCAUGUCCCAAAAUCAGCGAAAGGGUGGAAAUAGAGAACAAACGUGGAAACAAAAGCCAAAGCCGAAAGCGGUUAUGUCCGCUUCCGCUUCAGUCACUGAAGCCGUUACGAACAAACUCGGCGGUUUGAAUAUCUCUGACGGCCAAAUUUGGAAGCCGAAGUCGUAUGGAACCGUGACUGGACCCAACGCCACCGCUGUUGAUGUUCAAACCGAGAAGAGCAGUGUUGAUUUGAGUAAAUUUUUUUUGAAGCCUAAUUUGUUAGAAAAUUUCAAUGUUGAUAAUUCGACUUAUUCACUUGCACAAAUCAGAGCUACUUUUUAUCCGAAAUUCGAAAACGAAAAGUCUGAUCAAGAGAUUAGGAUACGGAUGAUCGAGAUGGUGUCUAAAGGUUUGGCUACUUUGGAGGUUUCGCUUAAACACUCUGGAUCUCUUUUUAUGUACGCGGGUAAUGAGGGUGGGGCAUAUGCUAAAAACAGCUUUGGAAAUAUUUACACUGCUGUCGGUGUUUUUGUUCUUGGGCGCAUGUUUCAUGAGGCAUGGGGAACUAAAGCUGGAGAGAAGCAAGCACAAUUCAAUGAUUUCAUUGAGCGGAAUCGUAUGUGCAUAUCAAUGGAGUUGGUAACUGCAGUUCUUGGAGACCAUGGACAACGUCCACGAGAAGACUAUGCGGUAGUAACAGCUGUCACUGAAUUGGGCAAUGGAAAGCCAAAAUUCUACUCAACUCCUGAAGUGAUUGCUUUUUGUCGUAAAUGGCGUCUACCAACAAACCACAUAUGGUUGUUCUCAACGAGGAAGUCAGUGACAUCAUUUUUUGCUGCUUAUGAUGUGCUAUGUGAAGAAGGAACAGCAACUUCUGUAUGUAGGGCUCUUGAUGAAGUUGCUGAUAUAUCUGUAGCUGGUUCAAAAUGUCAUAUUAAGGUGCAAGGAGAAAUCUUGGAGGGUCUUGUAGCUCGUAUUGUGAGUCAUGAGAGCUCAAAACAUAUGGAUGAGGUCUUGAACGAUCACCCUCCUCCUCCGGCUGAUGGAGCUGGCAUAGAUUUGGGACCAAGUCUAAGGGAAAUUUGUGCUGCAAAUAGGUCAGAUGAAAAACAGCAAAUAAAGGCACUCCUUGAAAAUGUUGGUUCUUCUUUCUGUCCUGAUCAUUCAGACUGGUAUGAUGCACACUCAAGAAAUGCAGAUAGAUCUGUUCUUUCAAAAUUUUUGCAAGCUCAUCCUGCAGAUUAUUCAACCACUAAGUUGCAGGAAAUGAUUCGUUUGAUGAGAGAAAAACGUUUUCCAGCUGCAUUCAAAUGUUAUCAUAACUUCCACAAAGCUGAAUCUGUAUCAAGUGACAACCUUUUCUAUAAAAUGGUCAUUCAUGUCCAUAGUGACUCAGGAUUUAGGCGUUAUCAAAAGGAGAUGAGGCAGAAGCCAGGAUUGUGGCCUCUUUAUCGAGGUUUUUUUCUUGAUAUUAAUUUGUUCAAGGCAAACAAGGAAAGAGCUGCUGAAAUUGCAAAAUGCAACAAUGAUCUAGUAGGACUUAUAAAUAAUGGCAAUGGCAUAUCCACAAGAGAUGGUUUAGCAGAUGAUGAUGCAAAUCUAAUGAUUAAAUUGAAGUUCCUUACAUAUAAGUUGAGAACAUUUCUGAUCCGCAAUGGGUUGUCAAUUCUUUUCAAGGAUGGUCCAGCUGCUUACAAGGCUUACUACCUGAGGCAAAUGAAGAUUUGGGGCACUUCAGCAGGAAAGCAGAUAGAACUCAGCAAGAUGCUUGAUGAAUGGGCUGUGUACAUUAGAAGGAAAUGUGGGAACAAACAAUUAUCAUCAGCAAUAUACCUUUCUGAAGCUGAGCCAUUUCUUGAACAGUAUGCAAAACGUAGUCCAGAGAAUCAGGCUCUAAUAGGAUGUGCUGGGAACUUGGUAAGGACUGAAGAUUUCUUGGCAGUUGUUGAAGGAGGUAGGGACGAAGAGGGUGAUCUCUCUUUGGAACGGGAGGCAGCAGCAGCAAGUAUUAGCCCAUCAGUCAAGGACACUAUUCGGAAAGAUGAGGGUUUGAUUGUAUUUUUCCCAGGAAUACCUGGUUGUGCGAAGUCUGCACUUUGCAGAGAACUAUUAAAUACCCCAGGAGGGCUUGGAGAUGGUCGACAAGUUGAUAGUUUGAUGGGUGACCUUGUCAAAGGAAGAUAUUGGCCAAAAGUUGCUGAUGAGCGCAGGAGAAAACCAUAUUCUAUAAUUCUUGCAGAUAAGAAUGCACCAAAUGAAGAAGUUUGGAAACAGAUUGAAAACAUGUGCCAUAGCACCAAAGCUUCAGCUGUUCCAGUCAUACCUGAUUCUGAAGGGACCGACUCAAAUCCAUUUUCUCUGGAUGCAUUAGCUGUAUUCAUGUUUCGUGUGCUUCAACGAGUUAAUCAUCCGGGUAAUCUUGACAAGGCAUCUCCAAAUGCUGGCUAUGUGCUGCUAAUGUUUUAUCACCUUUAUGAGGGAAAGAGUCGCAAAUACUUUGAGGAUGAAUUGGUAGAACGUUUUAGCUCUCUUGUUAAGAUGCCAUUGCUGAAACCUGACAGGAGUCCUUUACCUCUUUCCUUGAGAUCAGUUCUGGAAGAGGGAAUAAAUCUAUACAAUCUUCACACUAACAGACAUGGAAGAUUGGAAUCAACCAAAGGUACGUAUGCACAGGAGUGGGCUAAAUGGGAGCAGAAAUUAAGGGACACUUUAUCUGCCAACGCUGAGUAUCUUAAUUCUGUUCAGGUUCCAUUUGAGUUUGCAGUUCAGCAGGUGGUGGAACAACUGAGAAAGAUAGUGAGGGGUGAGUACACGGUACCAAGUACUGAGAAGAAGAAACUUGGAACCAUUGUCUUUGCUGCUGUCAAUUUGCCUGUUGCAGAAAUCCAGAGUCUCCUUGACAAAAUGUCUGGGAAGAACGACAACAUCAAAGCUUUCCUCAAGGACAAACAUAUGGAGAACAUCCUCAGGAAGGCUCAUGUGACUCUUGCUCACAAGAGAAGUCAUGGUGUCACAGCUGUGGCUAGUUAUGGCCUCUACCUCCAUCGUCAGGUUCCUGUGGAACUGACUGCUCUUCUUUUCACUGAUAAAAUGGCAGCACUAGAAGCCCAACUUGGUUCCAUUGAUGACGAAAAGAUAGUCUCGAAAAAUGAGUGGCCUCAUGUUACCAUAUGGACUGGGGAAGGAAUGGCGCCCAAGGAGGCCAACACAUUACCACAAUUGCUUUCGGAAGGGAAGGCAACUCUUGUUGAAAUCAAUCCACCCAUCACCAUAUCAGGCACUCUAGAAUUUUACUGAAAACUCUGUAUAACCUUUUCUUCAUUAGCCUAUGAAAGUUGCUUAUGAAAGGGGUUGGAAUUAGAUCGAGUUGCUGAGUGCACGUUCCCAUCUCAUGGGAUUUUGCGGAUACAUAAUAAAGGGCGUAUGCCUGGUGCAGUGGCACAUUUUUGUCAAAGGAAUUUUGGCUUCUAUGAAAUACUGGUGUACAUAACAUGAGUGGAAACAGAAGAAAUAUGUUAAAUUCAUCACUCAUAAAAAUUGUACUAAUCAACCGAAAAUCAUAAAAUUCAUGGUUACAAUGAGGCCAUAUCGACCCAUAAAAUACAAUCAAAAUGCUGCUACGAAAAUGCCAAUUCAAGAAUCUAACCCAACUUUACUGUUUCUAUUGACACAAUGUGGGUGUUAUUGUUAAAGUAAAAUUUUACUUGCUGCAGUCACUGAAGGCUUAGACAAAUCCUUGAAUUGUUAUCUGUUGGCGAUUAUUCAACCAAAGAAAGGCAAGAAAAUUGUUUCGCUGAAAUGGUCAAGAUUUCAGCGAAACAAAGUCCACAUAAACUCAAAUCAAGCAUGGAGUUGAUGUAAAGGUUAUCAUCUUUCCUUGAGAUGAAAGGGUUUGAAAUCCAAUGUUUAAAUUAUUUUUCCUUUUAAGCUAUUCAAAUGUCUCCAAUUCAAUCUGAAGCAGCCAAAAUCAUAGUACAAGUCAAUGUGCUCUUCCUUGAGGAUUUUUUUACCAAUGCAUUAGAA